AUGGCUGGUUUGAAGAUUUGGACUGUUUUGCUGGUUAUGCUAUACCAUUUCUGUCAAAGAUGUACCCCAAGUGGAAUUUCAACACAUGUUGAAAUAGCACAUAGAGCUCUGGAAUUUUUCACUAAGCGCGAAGGGAAUAUUAAUUAUAGACAGUUAUUACUAAACCACCAAGAUGCAUUUCAGGCUGGGAGCAUUUAUCCUGAUGCCUUUUAUCCUUCAAUCUGCAAAAGUGGAGUAUUCCAUGAUGUGUCUGAAGACACUCACUGGUCACCAUUUCUCAGUACAAGCAUUCACUACAUCAGAAGGAAUUAUCCUCAGCCUUGGGAAGAGGCUACAGAGAAGCUGGUGGCUUUCCUGUUUGGAAUUGCCUCACAUAUGGUGGCAGAUGUUAGCUGGCAUAGCCUGGGCAUCGACCAAGGAUUUCUAAAGGCCAUGGGAGAAAUUGAUUUUCAUGGUUCAUACUCAGAAGCUCACAAUGUUGGCGAUUUUGGAGGAGAUGUACUGAGUCAGUUUGAGCUGGACUUCAGUUAUCUGGCAUCAAAUUGGUAUGUACCUGUCAAAGACCUAGCAGCUAUCUAUAAGGAGUUUUAUGGAAGAGAGAUCAUAACUGAAAGCACAAUUACUGACUGUACUUACCUGCUGUAUCUUGAACUACAUGGAGAAAGGCUUGCUGUUGCCAAGCUUUUUCCAACAUAUGCUAGCAAAUCUCCAUUUCUGGUGGAGAAGUUCCACGAGUAUUUCCUCGGAGGAGUGGAUGACAUGGCGUUCUGGACAAACAAUAUUUUUGAGCUGACAAGCCAUAUGCUGGAUAAUGGAACCAGUGGCUGCUUCCUGCCUGAGAACCCUCUGUUUAUAAACUGCACAAGGGAGCACAAGGACACCUAUGUAAACAAACAAACAAAAAAUGAACGUGACAAGAAUACAGCUUCUUUGCUUACAAAAACACUUGAAAAGAAUAUAAAUUAUACCGAGAGAGGAGUUCACUUCAACAUACAAUCUUGGGCAACAAAUUCCCUCCACUUGAUAAACCGUGCUUUUGCAACCAAUGUCUGGAGAGCGUUAGCAGCUACACGUCAAAAAUCUUCUAAGUACAUCUCCAAGCCAGCAGCUUCAUAUUUUCUGACUUCACCCUAUGCUAGACUUGGAUGGGCAAUGAUCUCAGCUGACCUAAACCAGGACGGAUAUGAAGAUCUGGUGGUUGGAGCACCAGGAUACAGCACGCUGGGCCGUGUUCAGAUAGGACGGGUGUAUGUGGUCUAUGGCAACCAGUCAGGUUUGCCACCAGAGGACAUGGAUCUAGAUGAGAAAGCUGACCAAGUACUACAGGGUCAUCAGCCUUCAGGAAGAUUUGGUUCUGCCUUGGCAGUCCUGGACUUCAAUGAGGAUGGAGUGCCAGAUCUGGCAGUUGGAGCACCUUCUGUGGGAUCUCAGUUUCUUACUUACAAAGGUGCUGUGUAUGUCUAUUUUGGCACUGAGGGAAGAAGCUUGGCAUCUCAACCAAACGUUACCCUAACAUGUCAGUAUUCCUACUGUAAUCUUGGUUGGUCCCUCCUGGCAGCUGAUGUUGAUGGGGAUGGAAAUGCUGAUCUGGUUGUGGGCUCUCCCUAUGCACCUGGUGGUGGGCAACAGAGAGGAUUUGUGGUUGCAUUUUACUCUUAUUUCAACAGGAGUGACCAAGGACUUCUGUCAGUGGAGGAUGCCAACUGGAUGGUGAAGGGGGAAGAAAACUAUGCUUGGUUUGGAUUUUCCCUUGACAGCUGCCAGCUGGAGAACGUAACAUUGCUGCUGAUUGGUAGCCCUACGUGGAAGGGUUGUGCUGGGUGUGUUGUACAUGACAGGGAUGUCAGACAGAGCGUUGGGAAGGUGUAUGGGUAUAACCCACCAAGCACAACGGUCUGGUUUGCAGUAACUGGAGACAAGGCAAUGGGCAGGAUGGGUUUGUCUCUGGCCAGUGGUGUGAUGUCUGUGGCUGGGAUCACAAGGACAGUUUUGGUGGUGGGUGCACCUACUGCAGAUAGCCUGUCUAGGGUUUCAUUUAUAUCCUCAGUGCUGCACCAAGCUGGACUGGCUCUAGUAUACGAUCUGACAGACAGCACCAAACCUUCUUUGCUCAGCACAUUCAGUGGGGACAGGAGCUUUUCUCACUUUGGAGGAGAUAUAUACUUAAGUGACUUGGAUAAUGAUGGACUAGAUGAAAUGAUUGUGACAUCCCCACUGCGAACUAACGAUAUCACAAUACUGUUUGGUGGGGCAGCUGGCCGUGUUUACAUUUACAACGGAAAGCAGGCAUCCUCAGGGAAUGUGACAGGCCACUGCAAAUCAUGGAUAUCUCCCUGUCCUGAGGACUGGGCACAGUAUGUCCUGAUUUCUCCUGAGGAACUGUCAAGAUUUGGGAGUUCCAUUAUCACUGUGAAAUCUGAAAGAAAGAAAGAAGUUGUCGUGGCAGCAGAGAGAAGUUCGGCAAAAGCUCGACUUGGUGGAAGGCUUUUUGUCUACUCGCUCUAA